AUUGGUGGUGUAUAACCUUAAGAUGGCUACUUCGGACGGACUCCACUAUAUUGAACUGUCAAAAACACCAAUUAGAUUUGAACCAAUCAGUAAAGUGACGAAUGUGUUCUAUGACGAUGCGAAUCAACAGGUGUUUGCUGUAAGGUCAGGUGGUUCUAUGGGUGUCGUUGUGAAGGGACCAAAUGAUAAAACUGGCAUCACUUUCAGAAUGGAGGACAGAGGUGAAGUUGUUUCCAUGAAAUUUUCGCCAGACAGAAGAGUAUUGGCUAUACAGAGGUCAACAAAGUCUGUGGAGUUCAUAAACUUCCAGGAAGAUUUGACUACCGAUACUUCAGAAUAUUCGCAGACCUGUAAAGGAAGGUCUAACCAGAUAAAAGGCUUUGUGUGGACCAAUGUGAAUGAGAUAGCUUUCAUAACAGAACAUGGUAUUGAGCUUUACCAGAUCAAUCCAGAUAAAAGAGUGUUGAAGAAUUUGAAAUCAUUGAGCAUCAGUAUAGUAUGGCAUGUAUGGAUGUCUCGAAAUGACGGUGGACUUCUGUUGGUUGCGACUGGUCAGCUGGCAAAUAAUCUACAGCCAGUUUAUUUCAUGUCUGGAGCAAUGACUAAGCUACCAAAGUUUGAAGUUGAUCUCCCCACACUGCCAAAACAACAGAAACAACCUCUGAUGGAGAGAGAUGUCACCAUUGCCAGUAUAUAUGGCCAGUUGUACAUAAUUAUAUUACGGCAUCAGCCGAGACCUGGAGUAGCCGGAGCUGAAGUUGUUCUGUAUCAGAUACAACAACAAAAGGAAGCACCAGCAAAGAAGACUAAUAUAUUGAAGUUAGAAAUGAGUGGGAGGUUUGCUAUAAAUGUUGUGGACAGUUUGGUUGUUGUACAUCACCAGGCUUCAAAGACAUCUGUGAUAUUUGACAUUCACUUGGAUGGAGAAUCAGACGGCUAUGCAUUUUUCCAUUACCCAGUGGUGUCACCCCUGCCAAUCAAACCAUUCAAGCUCCUCCUUCCAACUUUAAAUAUUCAAGGUCAAGAAAAGAUGGAGUAUAAUUGUGAUCUAUAUUCUGCAAAUUGGAUUGUCUUUCAACCAGACAUUGUCAUUGAUGCCAAGCUAGGAUGUUUGUGGCAUGUGGAACGUAAACUUGUACCCCUGGUCACAAUGAUCCCUGAUAAGUGCCGCUUGAUAAAAUUUCUUCUUCAAAGACAGAACAGUAAAAGUGUGAUCUUGGAUGUUUGCAAACAGAUGCUGCUACCAGGGCAACAAGCUAGGCUUCCUGUGAUCUCUCGUGUUGUAGAUAUGCUUAAUCAGGGCUAUAAAACAUACCUGGAUGCAGAAAUGCAAGCCCUUGCAAGUGAUUCAGCAGCCCAGCCUGAUGUUCACAGAAGGGUGAUAAUAGAUCAAUCAGACAUGUACACUAAUGUCUUCUCUGUUUUAGAAGAUAAUGCUGAAAUACCAUAUAAAUUCAAAGUUGCCGUGUUGAUAGAAUAUAUACGUUCUUUAAGUCAGAGGGACAUUCCUGUACAGCACUACCUGUAUGAGUUGAUCAUCAAUAUUUUAGUACACAACAACUGUUUCUACCAGUUACAUCAGUUCUUACAGUACCACGUACUUAGCGACUCUAAACCUUUGGCAUGUUUAAUGUUGUCAUUGGAAAGUGUUUAUCCACCAGCACAUCAGCUCGCCCUAGAUAUGCUAACGAGGCUUGCCACAGCAAAUGAAGAAAUUAUAGAAGUUCUGUUGUCUAAACAUCAACUACUGCCAGCUGUUAGGUUUAUAAGGAAAGCUGGUAUUACAGAUACAGUGUCAUCAAGAAAGUUCCUUGAAGCUGCUAUGAACACAGAGGACAGUCAGUUAUUUUACACAGUUUUCAAGUUCUUUCAGCAAAGAAAUAUUAGAAUGAGGGGCAGUCCAGUUUUUCAACCAGGGGAACACUGUGAGAUGUACGUGAAACAUUUUGAGCAGUUGUUUGGUGCUGAUGCACUUAUGCCUCUUACAAGCUCAACAUAGCAUACACUGAAAAGAUUAGACUUUCUGGUAUGCUCUCAAGAUGAAACAGACUGUGCAAAUACUUUAGAUAGCAUUAAAAGUGUAAGGGCCCCACUGGCUUGGGGUUAAAUAUUGCUUUUUAAAGAGGGCUGGUGCAAUACAGUUUGAAUGUUAUACAUUAAGUAAAUUCUGUUCUUAUACAAAUAAGGAUAUUAUUUAGGUCCGCAUUUCAUUCAUUAUGCCACCUGAAAAUCAUUAUAGAGAUAUAUGUCUUGCUUUUGUUGGUGUAACAGAAUCAAGAGUUAUCUUCUUGAAACUUUUUUUUUUAGUUCAAGUUUGAAACUGUGUUAUCUGAGGUAAAGCACUUGACCACUAGGCUAAAUUAUUGAAAAGCUUGGCUUACAGUCUAGAAGCAACAUUUUCUACCUUGAUUUUCUUUAAAAUUUUGUCAGAUUGUCUUAAUGAAAAUCUAAAUAUGUUAUCGUAUUUGUUUUAAAAGUUGGUAAUGUAAAUGAUCUUUUUAAUUCUUUCCAGAGUAAUAAUUUAUUUUUGUUUUAUGAAAUGUUUGUGUAUUUGAAACUAAAUAAAAUUAUUUUUAUAAAUUUCA